CUUGUGCUGGUGCUGGUUGUCUCCCUGCUCUCCAACCUCCUGGUGCUGCUAUGCUUCGUCUACAGUUCGGAGAUCCGCAAGCAGGUCGCCGGGGUUUUCCUGGUGAACUUAUCCUUUUGCAACCUGCUCCUCACCGUCCUGAACAUGCCUUUUACCCUUCUGGGGAUCCUGAGGAACCAGCAACCCCUCGGGGGCUGUGUCUGCAAAGCGGUGGGUUUCCUGGAAACUUUCCUGACUUCCAACACGAUGCUGAGCAUGGCAGCGCUCAGCAUCGAUAAAUGGAUUGCCGUGGUGUUCCCCUUAAGCUACACUAGCAAGAUGCGGUAUAAGGACGCUGUGAUACUGAUGGGCUACUCGUGGCUCCACUCCCUCACCUUCCCCUUGGUAUCCUUGUUUUACUCGUGGGUAGACUACAGCAGCGUUUAUGCCUCUUGCACCUUGCACCUGAAAGAAGAGACGGAGCGGAGAAGGUUUACAGUGUUCACCAUCGUCUUUCACUCCACCAGUUUCAUGCUAUCACUGGUGAUCUUGUGUUUCACCUAUUUAAAGGUGCUGAAAGUUGCACGCUUCCACUGCAAGCGGAUAGACAUUAUCACCAUGCAGACUCUGGUUUUGCUGGUGGAUAUCCACCCCAGUGUGAAGCAGCGCUGUCUUAAUGAGCAGAAACGGAGAAGGCAGAGGGCUACCAAGAAAAUCAGUAUUUUUAUAGGGUCGUUCGUGAUCUGUUUUGGUCCUUACAUUAUCACCAGGUUGAUAGAGCUCCUUCCUUUUGUUACCAUAAAUUACUACUGGGGAAUUGUAAGCAAGUGCCUCACCUACAGUAAGGCUGCAUCAGAUCCAUUUGUUUACUCACUUUUACGUCAACAGUACAAAAAAGUUCUGAUCAACAUCGUCAAUAGGAUACUUAAGAGGGACCUGUAUCCAUCCUCGGGGUACAACAGCUCUCUUGACACCGAAAACGAUUACUGCUUGCACAGAGCAAACUAA